AUGUCGGAGAUUAUCAAAUCAGAUGUCUACAGUGAGAAGGUUAUCUAUCUAUCUAUCUAUCUAUCUAUCUAUCUAUCUAUCUCAUUCUGUUCAUAUCUAUCUAUCUCAUUCUGUUCAUAUCUAUCUAUCUAUCUAUCUAUCUAUCUAUCUAUCUAUCUCACUCUGUUCAUAUCUAUCUACCUAUCUAUCUAUCUCAUUCUGUUCAUAUCUAUCUAUCUAUCUAUCUCACUCUGUUCAUAUCUAUCUAUCUAUCUAUCUAUCUAUCUAUCUCAUUCUGUUCAUAUCUAUCUAUCUAUCUAUCUAUCUAUCUAUCUCAUUCUGUUCAUAUCUAUCUAUCUCAUUCUGUUCAUAUCUAUCUAUCUAUCUAUCUAUCUAUCUAUCUAUCUAAAUAUGUACAAAACUAUGUAUGUAUAUAUCUAUCUCAGUCUGUUCAGAUCUAUCUAUAUAUCUAUCUAUCUAUCUCAAUAUGUUCAAUCUCUCUCUGGGAAUUAUAACGUUUAUUUAACUGAUUUUGCGCUUUCCAUCAUCUCUGGGUACCAUAUCUAUCUAUCUAUCUAUCUAUCUAUCUAUCUAUCUAUCUAUCUAUCUAUCUAUCUAAUUCUUUUCAUAUCUAUCUAUCUAUCGAAUUAUUUUCAUAUCUAUCUAUCUAUCUAUCUAUCUAUCUAUCUAUCUAUCUAUCUAUCUAUCUAA